AUGUCUAACAAUAUCACCUCCGCCCCGCCUCUUCCGGCUCUCAACCGCUACGAGUCAGAGAUCUCCGACUUUACCACUGACGGCGAGAAGGGCGAUGUCAAGCACCUCGACUCUACCCGCCCCGACCCCAUCCUCGAGGAGGACGAGACCAACGUCGGUCUUGCCGCCUACAAUGAGUCCAAGCUCCAGGGUGACAUCACCCCCGAGCAGAACAAGCGUAUCCGCAAGCGGAUCGACAUGUUCCUCCUCCCCCUUUUCCUCAUCACCCAGACCCUUCAGUACCUCGACAAGACCGCUUUGAACUACGCCAAGGUCUUCGGUAUGGAGACUGCUAUGGGCAUGAGCGGAAACCAGUUCUCCCUCGGUGCCGCCAUCUUCUACAUCGGUUACAUGGUGUCCCAGCCCGGAUGGUCGUACCUUCUCGGUAGAUGGCACGCCGGUCGUGUCCUCGGUGGUUCCGCCUUCAUCUGGGGUGUCCUCGUCCUCGUCAUGGUCUGGUCCAAGAACUUCACCCACGUCAUGGUCACUCGUUUCCUCCUCGGUGUCUUCGAGGCCGCCGUCACUCCGGGUCUCUCCCUCAUGACUGGUUGGUGGUACCGCCGAGACGAAGUCCCUCUGAGGCAGACCAUCUGGUACUCUGCUGUUGGAUGGGGAGGUAUGAUCGGUUCGCUCAUGGCGGCUGGUAUCCAGGGUUGCUACGCUGAUUUUCAGCUCUCCGACAACCCCGUCCCCCGAUGGCAGCUCAUCUUCUACAUCCUCGGCGCCAUCACCAUGGCUAUGGGUCUCGUCCUCUACUUCUUCCUUGCCGACGGACCGUCUACCGCCAAGUGGCUCCCGGCCAAGGAUCGCCCGAUGGCCGUCCAGCGUGUCGCUGCCUCCGGAGUCGGAGUCAAGACCACCAACUUCAACUGGAACCACGGUCUCCAGGCGCUCAAGGACCCCAAGAACUGGCUCCUCACUGUCGCCAUGUUCGGUUCGUCCGUCCCCAACGGUGUCCUCACCAACUUCUCCGGCUCCAUCAUCAAGGGUCUCGGCUUCAGCACCCUCAACGCUGCUCUCCUUGACUGCGCUGGCCGAUCCCUCCAGGUCAUCUCUCUUCUCAUUGCCGGUAUCGUCGCUUCCAGGUUCGCCAACACUCGUCUCCUCAUGAUGACCAUCGGUAACUUGGUCUGUGUCCUCGGUACCGCUCUCAUGUCCUUCCUCCCCUUCACCCCCGCCAACAACUGGCCCCGUCUCGUUGGGUUCUGGCUCGUCAACGUCCAGUCGGUCGGUUUCACCAUCGGUCUCGUCAUGGUCUCUACCAACAUCGGUUCUUACUCCAAGCGUAUCGUCACCUCAUCCUGCAUCUUCGUCGGCUACUGUGUCGGUAACAUUGUCGGUCCCCUCACCGCUCUUGAGUCUGAGGCGCCUCGGUACCAGACUGCAGCCUACUGUAUGCUUGCUGGCUACGUUCUCAAGACCAUCUGCCAUUGUACAUUGUGGCUUUAUAUGUAUCGCGAGAACAAGCGUCGCGACCGCGUCCACGGUGUCGCCGACCCCCUCCAGGCUGCCGACAACGGUAUGAGGGGCCAGACUGAAAAUGAGAACGUUCAUUUCAGGUAUGUGCUCUAG